GAAGGAGAUGGGCUCUAUUUGCUGUAGCUACUAUAUCUUAUCAGUGCUCCGCGCCGCCGCCAUUUUGUCCCAGCAGCAGAAGAAGUUACAGCCGUGUCUGAGUCGCCUCUGUCGGCAGAGAUGGCAGCGUAGACGUGGUCAGCGACCCAGCAGCAGCCAACAACACAGUGCAUCCAACCCGGGCACUGAGUCUCUCUCACUCAGCAACAUGUCGUCCUUCGUGGAACCCCUCAGCGCUGCUGCUUUCGACAGCAUAAAAGAUUUGCCCUCCUCUGAACCCUGGUCGCGCGCUCCCCUGGUGACCAACAACAGCCACUAUGACCACGAUGAUGACGAACUCGCCGUUUGGCCUGGCAGACAUGGAGGCCCUUCUUUGGGGGCCUUCCUCUCCCACGGCUGACGCCAUGACCUCCAUCUUCUUUCACCCUGACAAAGAGGAACAGCAGGAAGGAGGAGGAGCCUCGUCGGUGUCUUCUUCCUCCUCUCCUCCCCCCUUCUACUCCCCUCCUCCCUCACCCCCGGCCGUCCUCCUCCACGGGGACAAGGCCGGCGGCGAGGAGCUCUCCUCCCCGUGGUUGGAUCCCUGUGGCCAGCUGAGGACCAGCCAGACGCUGACGGCUGGUGAAGAGGACGCCCUCCAUGACCUGGACUGGAUGUCUGAGAAGAUGGACCUGAGCGACCUGGACCUGGACUCUCUGAUCGGCCCCUGCAGUCCCGCUGAGGAGACCCCUGAGCCCCCAGAGGACUUCCUGGCCUCCCUGGACUGCCUCCCGCUGCCCCCCCUGCCAGCUCCCAUCUGUGCAGACCCCUCCGAGUCUUCGGAGUCCUGCGUGGAUGGACAGGAGGUCCCGUCCUCCCCCCUGAGUGUCCCAGAGCCCCAGGAGGAACUGGAGAUCAAGUCUGAGCCCAUGUCCCCGUCCACCCUGGACCUGGGUAGUGAGGUGGACGUCUCUGAGAGCGAGACCAAGCCCGUCGUCUCCUCUGUCCUCCCCCAGGUCCCGAGGAUCGUCCUGUCCCUGUCUCCGACCCGCAUCGUCCUGGUGCUGGCUCCCAAGCGGGAAGUGAUCAGCGCCGCCCCUGAGGUCGUCCACUGCGCCCCCCCCAGCCCCCUUCCACCCAGGUCCACCAGAACCAGACCCUACCCUGAACCCAGAGCCUCUCCAUCCUCUCCGGGAUCCUCCGGCCUCAGAGCCAAGCCCCCCCUCCGAGGAGGAGGCGGCGGCGCCGUGAAGCCACCGAGGGACAGGAAGCAGAAGAAGAUGGAGCAGAAUAAAACGGCAGCCACCCGGUACCGGCAGAAGAAGCGGGCGGAGCAGGACGCCCUCCUGGAGGAGCACUCCGUCCUGGAGAGGAGGAACGUGGAGCUGGUGGAGAAGGUCCAGUCCAUGACCCGAGAGAUCGAGUACCUGAAGGAGCUGAUGGAGGAGGUCCGUGUGGCCAGGAUGAGGAAAGGUGCUGACCCCUAGUGGUCGGAGGGAGCAGUGACUUUCAGUAUUUAUCUAAGUCUUAUUAAUCGUCCUGUACAUUUUUAAAGUUUUAAUGUGUGUUCAUAACCAACUGUAUCUGAAUCAUGAAUAAAGAGUCUGGAACAAGAA